CGGCGGCUCAUGUUGAUGACGUACGUUAUGUUUGCUAACCCGUUCCGUCUGGUCGCUCGUGUGUUUUUGUUUUUUGCGGCUUCACGAUGAGCAGAAAAAAGGUCAGCGGCGUCUCGUGGGUGAAGCCGACGGAACCCUCGUUCCUCAAGAAGUUCAAGAGCGACGUGGGAUUCAAAGAAGGACCGACCGUCGACACGAAGCGUCUGGAGAUGCCGGCGCUGGACGACGACAGCGGGAGCGACCGCGAAGACGAGCUGCCUCAAGUCGUCGUCCUCAAAGGCGGAGACCUGGACGCAGAGGAGGUGAAGAAGAUCAAGGCUGGGAAGCAGACUGGUGGCGACGCAGAGAAAGAUGACGGAGCUCCUCCGGACGGUAAGAUCCUCUUCAAGAAGCCGGCCAAGCGCUCUUCCUCGGACAAGUUCCAGGGGAUCACCGCCAGCUCCAGCAAAAAGAAGAAGAGAGACGGAGGAGAGGCUGAGGAGAAGAAGGAGGAGGCAAAGGAGGAGGCAAAGGAGGAGGCAAAGGAGGAGGCGAAGGAGGAGGUGAAGGUGGCGAAGUCGUCCAGGAAGAAAGUCAAGAACAACAGUCUGCUGUCGUUCGGAGGCGACGAGGACGAAUGAGGAGUCGUCGCUGUGGCAGACGAGUCGAGGGAGCUGUAGUGUGGAGCCCGACCAGUGGGGAAUGCAAACUUAAUUUGAUGAAUACAAAUCUGGCGACACAGGAGAAAACCUGAUUGAAUGAUUAUUGGUAAUAAUAUAAAAAAAAAUAUAUAUAUAUAUAUAUACCCUUAAAAAAACAAAGGUUAACACAUUUUCCUCCUUUUUUUAAUGAUUGAUAAAAAAAAAUGAUUUUGACAUAAUCCAGUAGAAUCCAAGUUCCAGGUCGUCCUGUCAUGUGACCACAGACUCCUCCUCCUUCCUGCUGAUACUGCUGCAGGAGACACUGAAUAUAGAUAUUAUUCAUCUACUCCGGCCUCGUAAAUAUUUAGAUCAUGUUGUCGCAUCCGUCUGAAUCCUGCUCGUUUUGUUUUCAUCGUGUCAUCAGAAGUGCAACGGUCUCCUCGAAUGACUCGUGGUCGUCAUCGUCGAGUUUCUGACAUAUUCGGUGAUUUAUUGAAUGUGUGAAUAAUAUUCUGGCUUCGACAGCGGAGCCGCUACGUCGAUGUAGAGAACAACGCAUUGUUAUCAAUGCAAUGGAGUCAAAUUUUGUUGUUGUUUUUUAAUGUUCUUAUCGUGUCGUGUGAGUUGUUUAUGUCUGUACCAUUUGAAGUAUGAAACAUUAAAAACAUUUGUACCUGUU